AUGAGGCAAAUUGUUUCUAUCAACGUGUACGGCAGGAUCGAAUGGAUUUGUGACAAGUUUGAAAACUCAUCAUACAGUCGACAAAUUAUCCAAGCAAUUAAUAAAUUUUCUGCUGAACAAUCUAGAAAUGAUAUGCUACAUCCAAAUUUUUGUGCAGGCUUAUUAUCAACUAGUGAAUUUGAGAAAGUAGGAGUUUCUAUACAGUUAAAGUGGCUUAUUUGGAGGGUGUACACAGAUAAUAGAAGGAAUCUAUCUACAUUCUUUCUGAGGCUCAGCCUGUACAUGCUAAUUGGCCUCCUUUUGAGCACUCCAUACGUUGGGAUUACAAUUUAUAUAGAUCAAAAAGGAGUUCAAAAUAUCCAAGGUCUGCUAUAUUUAAUUAUUACUGAGACAAUAUUUACAUUUAACUAUGCUGUCUUUCAUACGUUUCCUAAUGAGCUGCCAUUGCUACUUAGAGAAAUAGCAGAUGGAUUAUACAACCCUGCUCCUUAUUACAUCAGUAAAAUACUUGUUUCGAUUCCUAGUAUUAUCUUACAACCAUUUAUAUACACGACUUUAAUAUAUGCAGUAGUAGGAUUGAAAGGAAGUUACAAUGAUUUUUUUCUUUUCACUACACCAGUUAUUCUUAGUGCACUUUCUUCAGCUGCCAUUGGAUGCAUGAUGUCUGCAGUAUUUGAAUCAAUUAGCACCGCUUCACUUGCUUCUGUUCCAAUCGAUUUUCUGACAUUAAUUUUUAGUGGUAUCUUCUUGCAAUUAAGGAGUCUACCAAAUUACAUAAGCUGGAUUAAAUUUGUAUCACAGUUUUAUUAUGGAGUUGAGGCUAUAUCUAUAAUACAGUGGCGAAAUAUUAAUCAAAUUGAUUGCUCUCAUGAUUCCGAAGAGCCCUGUAUUUCAAGUGGCAAUAUGGUUUUGGAAAAAUAUGGUUAUAGUAAUGACCACUACGUUAUAGAUUGCUUCGGGCUUUUAGCAAUCAUCAUAAUAAGUCAUUUUGUAGGUUUUGUAGCAGUAAAGUAUAGAAGUGAAAGUCAACCUGUUUAUUAG